CUUGCCGCGCGCGUAGUGUUCGUUCGUCAGUGAAGGUGUGUGGACGUAAACGAUGGAUAACGAAACGGCAAUUCGACUUAUUGAAAUAUAUGGUUCAUUUAAUGCAUUAUGGGACACCAGGCGCAAAGAAUAUCAUAACAAUAAUUUAAGAGAAGACAUGUGGGAUGAAAUCGCAAAAAAUUUCGAGCAACCGAAAGCAGUUCUAAAAACCAAAAUGAAAAGUCUUUUAAGCUCAUACAGAAGGGAGAGAAACAGAGAAAAAACGAGUAACAUUACUGGUUCGGAUAGAAACAAGGCCUACAAGUCUAAAUGGUUUGCCUACGAAUCUUUCCACUUUUUGCAUGAUAGGGGUAAUCCUAUUGACACAGUGGAUUGUGGCUCAUCGUCGCAGUCACAUAAUACAGAACAAGGAGCUACAGAACAAGGCGCUACAGAACAAGGCGCUACAGAACAAAGCGCUACAGAACAAGGCACUUCAGAACUAAAUACGACUAACAUGAAUACUGCAUCUACGAUUCCAACUAAAAGGAAGCCAACAAAGAGAACACACGAAGAUCCGGAGUAUGAUGCCGAGAAUAAAAUGUUAGAAGAUGCAUUGGAAGAAAUGCGAAAACAAAGCGAUAACAGCAACGAUUUAUACGUUGCUUUUGGCAUGCACGUAGCGGCAGAGUUGAGAAAAUACGAUCCCAUAACCUUAGCAAGAGUAAAACAUUCCAUAAAUACUAUAAUAUUUGACGCUGAUAUGGCAUGUAUAAACCAACUCAAUCAGUCUACAAUUCAAGAAAACGAUGAAAGAAGACCAGGUUAUUUUACUACACAUUAUACCGAUAUCUCCAAUACGGCAUCCUCUAGUGACUCUAGUAUGGGAUCCGGACUUACACAAUUGAUUAACGAUUUGAAUACUGAGAAUAGUUUAUAAUUAAAUAGUGAUUGUUUCAUUUUUAUUGUCUGCACAUUAAACAUGCACAUAUUUAUGAUUGAUUAAAAACUUAAUAAAAAUAAUGUAAGUAAUAAAGUUGUUCUUUUUUACCUUUAU